GAGAGAGAGAGACAGAACAGAGUCACUGAAGAGAAGAAUCAAGAAUUCAUACUUCUGAUUAAGUUUUGACAGACAAUCAAAAUGACUACAGCCUUAGACGUCUCUCGCCACCUUCAUUGCCCCAUCUGUAAAAACCUGUUAGCAGAUCCGGUCUCAACCACAUGUGGGCACAACUUCUGCAAGCGUUGCCUGGACCAGCACAUAAGCAUGUCCGAGCCACACUGCCCUCUUUGCCAGGAGCAUGUGUCCACCAAGCCAUCUGUGAACGCAGCGCUCGACGCCCUCCUGCGAGAAUUUUACCAGAUGCAGUUACCCAACAUGAGCCUCUUCUGUGGAGAAAGAGGCGUGGUCCCAUGUGACGUCUGUGACGAGCACCUCACGUUCAGAGCUGUGAAGUCCUGCUUGAACUGCCUUCUUUCAUACUGCGAUCAACACCUGAAGCCGCACCAGUCUAUGGUGAGAUUCAAAUCCCAUAAACUGGUGAAUCCCAUGGAGAAGUUGGAUCAGAGAGCAUGCAAUGCGCAUGGUAGGCCUCUGGAACUCUUCUGCAGACGGGACGAGCGCUGCAUCUGCACCUUAUGUGUGAAGUUGGGUGGAGAUGUGAUACCUGUGGAGAUAGAGAGAGAAAGGAGACAGGCUGAGCAGCAAACAACUAUUGAAGAGCUGGAAAGGAUGAUCAAUCAGAAGGAAAACAAACUCGACGAGCUUAAGGAAUCAGCCAAAAAAUGCCAGGCUCUGAUAGAAAGAGAGCAGCAGGAGAUAAAGGAAGUGUUUGCUGCAGUGAUGGAGGCUGUGAAGAGAUCAGAGCAGGUGCUGCUGGCUCCUCUGGAGGACGGAAGGAGGUGUUUGGAGAAGGAGAUGGAUGAGAAGACACAACAAUUACAAAAAGACAUUCUCAAGUAUAAGGAGACAAUCGACUCUUUGAAUCACACUAUGAAUGAGGAAGAUGUCAUCUUCUUCCUGCAGUCUUACCCGUCUGUACCAGCUGAGUUCAAAGAUGACUGGAUGGUUUCCAUUGAUACUGAAUUAAACUUUGGCACAAUGAGAAAUAUACAGGCAGCCUUAUUGGCUGAGAUUGAGACUCACCUGGAGAAACUUUGCACUGUUGAAAUUAGAAGAAUUCACAGCUUUUCAGUGGACGUGACUCUGGAUGCAGAAACAGCACAUCCACACUUAGAGGUGACUAGAGACGGCACAGUGGUCAGAGACACUGGAAAAAGCCAUGAUAUCCCAGGCAGUCCACAACAGUUUGACUUGGUUGGAGGAGUCCUGGGAAAGCCUCGCAUCACGUCGGGAAGAGCUUUCUGGGUCGUGGAGGUGGGGAAGAAGGUGGGCUGGGAACUCGGGGUGAUGAGAGAAGGCGCAAACAGGAAAGGAAAAGUCUCCUACAAACCCAGCGAGGGAUACUGGUCCAUCGUGCUCUGCGGUCAAAACAUGUAUGGAGCUUUUGAAGACCCUCCAGUCCUGCUGAAUCUCAACACCAAACCCCAGAAGCUGGGAGUGUUUGUGGACUGUGAGGAGGCUCUGGUCUCCUUCUAUGAUAUGGUGGCUCGUUCACAUAUUUACACAUUCACUAAGUGUAGCUUUCAUGGUGCAAUCCGUCCAUACUUUAAUCCUCAUCCCAACAAAGACGGAACCAACUCAAGUCCAUUGGUCAUUUGUGCUGUCAAUCAAACUGAUGUCUCUGUUUGAGAGAAAGGGCAAAUCUUGAUUUUGAAACAAAGAAGGAUCAGAAA